UGGGAUAUGCGAUUCAUACACACAGAUUAUCAGUGUUCACAUAACUUAGCUCAAGAUUCGGAGUUUUCAAGUGAACGUAGGCGAAGACACCGCUGGAACCAACGGGAAAUUUAGCUUUCAGCUGACCGGGAAAGCCGACCACACGACCCGGCUUCCGGGGAUUCAGGGGCCGCAGCGGUUGACGGCAGACGUCGGUUGGUUGCUUGGGGGGAAGACGGAAUAUUUACAUAGGCGCAGACAUCCACCUCUCGAUUCCAGCCACUUUCGAGAUGUCAAGAAAGCUACAAAGGACAGAAGUCUGCGCCGACUGCAGUGCGCCAGACCCAGGGUGGACCAGUAUUAACCGAGGGGUCCUGAUCUGUGAUGAAUGCUGUUCGGUCCACCGCAGCUUAGGUCGCCAUAUCUCCAUAGUAAAGCACCUGAGGCACAGUGGAUGGCCUCCCACACUACUGCAGAUGGUUCAGACCUUGGCCGGUAAUGGGGCCAACUCCAUAUGGGAACACAGUCUCCUGGAUCCUGCACAGGUGCAGAGCGGUCGGAGGAAACCAAACCCUCAGGACAAGGUCCAUCCCACUAAGUCAGAGUUCAUCAGAGCCAAAUACCAGAUGCUGGCAUUUGUGCACAAGCUUCCCUGCCGCGAUGAUGAUGGCGUCACUACCAAGGAUCUCAGUAAGCAACUUCAUUCAAGCGUGCGGACGGGGAGUUUAGAGACAUGCCUUCGACUCUUGUCCCUCGGCGCUCAGGCCAACUUCUUCCACCCGGAGAAAGGCACCACCCCACUCCAUGUGGCAGCCAAGGCAGGCCAGAUCUUGCAGGCUGAGCUUCUGGUGGUGUAUGGCGCAGACCCUGGAGCGCCAGAUAUAAAUGGACGCACACCUAUGGACUAUGCCAGGCAAGCGGGUCAUAUAGAGCUGGCAGAGCGUCUGGUUGAGUGUCAGUAUGAGCUAACAGACAGGCUAGCCUUCUACCUGUGUGGCCGGCGUCCAGAUCACAAAAAUGGUCAUUAUAUCAUUCCUCAAAUGGCAGACAGAGCUCGUCCUAAGUGCCCAACACAGAGUCUGGACCUCUCAGAACUGGCCAAGGCUGCCAAGAAGAAGCUCCAAGCGCUAAACAACCGGUUGUUUGAGGAGCUAGCGAUGGAUGUCUAUGACGAGGUGGAUCGCAGAGAAAACGAUGCAGUGUGGUUGACGACGCAGAAUCACAGCACUCUGGUAACAGAACGGAGCGCGGUCCCUUUCCUGCCAGUCAAUCCUGAAUAUUCAGCCACACGCAACCAGGGUCGCCAGAAGCUGGCGCGUUUCAACGCCCGGGAGUUUGCCACGCUCAUCAUCGACAUCCUGAGCGACGCCAAGAGGAGACAGCAAGGAAAAGGUCUCAGCAGCCCUACUGACCCGUUGGACCUGGGCAUCGAUGAUGAUCAGCAUGACUAUGACAGCGUAGCCUCUGAUGAAGACACAGACAGCGAGCUGACCACCCAGAACAACAACAACACACAACGCAGCAAUCGUGCAAAGACUCAGAGUAUGGACUCAUCAGACUUGUCAGACGGUCCCAUCACCCUGCAGGAGUAUCUGGAGGUGAAGAAGGCCUUGGCCUCCUCAGAAGCCAAGGUGCAGCAGCUGAUGAAGGUCAACAACAACCUGAGUGAGGAGCUGCGGCGGCUUCAGAAGGAGAUCACCCGGAUGCAGACAGAGAACAGUGCGCUACGGGGGGGCCAGCAGGCUGGGGGGUCAGCAGGCCAUGGGGUAGGGGGCCCUGGUGGAGGAGGGGGAUGCCACUGGCCAGGGGGCAUGGUGCACGGAGGAAUGAGUGGAGGGGGAUUAGGUGGGUUUGGGCCAGGAGCGGACCCAACGGGGCUCUCCGUGCCCACCUCUACCACUCCUCACUCUCACCCCCACCGGAGGGAACGCCAGGCUUACUCAAUGUACGAACCGGGGGCAGCCCCCGGCCCCACGGCCCAUGGUCCCCCAGCCCUGGACGCCCGCCUGCAGCCCUUCAGCACACCCACCGUAAGGAAGGGGGGCACAGGGGGUCCAGCACCGUAUGGAAGCCAACAUCUGUCUGGAUCGACAGAGAUGGGCAGAUAUAUGGUCCCGAAACCAGAGAAGCACGGCAGCGGCACAGACAGCGACUAUGACAACACGCAAACAUAUGACCAUUCAUUAAGUACUGCUCGCAGCAGUGAAGAAGAAGGUCGUGGUGACUCUGAGGAAGGGGGAGGCGGAGAUGCAGGAGAGCCAGAUCCCACCCUGCCCUGCACAGAGGAUGUCAUACUGAAGACUGAGCAGGUGACUAAGAACAUCCAGGAGCUGCUCAGGGCUGCUCAGGAGUUCAAACAUGAAAGCUUUGUUCCCUGUUCUGAGAAGAUCCACUCAGCUGUCACUGAGAUGGCUUCCCUCUUUCCCAAAAGGCCAGCUUUGGAUGCAGUCCACUGCUCUCUACGACUGUUGGCUUCCAGUGCCUCUCGGCUGCAGGUGGAGUGUCGUAAGGCAGCGCCUCUGGAGCCCGGGGCCCCUCCGGUGGACUAUCAGCUCCUCACACAGCAAGUCAUCCAGUGUGCGUAUGACAUUGCCAAGGCUGCUAAGCAACUAGUCACUAUCACCACUCGUGAGAAGAAACAGUGACCCUACAGACGCGUAUACGGAGAGACAGGAUCGAUGCAUGGGAGGGGUUUUCAGGAAAGGGAGAAAGAGGGACAGUAUGACCACACUGUAGAGGGGGGGGGGGAUGGGGAAGGUGGAGCAACAGGGUGGAAGAAAAGAAAUACUUGGAAGAUGCAUGGGAAGAACGCAAAUGAAAGCAAGUAUUGAUUGUUUUAAAGAAACACUACAAUAAAAGGAGAAAGUCCACAUGUGGGAGCGGAAGAAAGAAGGAUCCUGCAGCGACCGCAUAAACUGUUGGAAUCAGACGUGUGAAAUUAACCGCUGAAACUGUGACCAGCAUACGUGAACUACAACAGUGGCGAUGUACAGUGAACUGGAUCCUGAAAUGUUAACGCUUUAUUUAUUGUCAUCUGUCACUCAUCGUCCCUCCCCCCUCCUCCUCGCGCCAAAUCCAGCUGGGGGAGGGAGGCAGUGUGUGCUGCAAGAGAGGGAAUUGGAUAGACGGGCCAUGCCUUCUCCACGCCUUCUCCAUCCCUGGCAGGAUGGGCUUUUAUUAGGUGGAGAUUUCACAGAGGGGCUCCAGGUUCCUUCCAACCCGUCACCCCCUCCCCUCCUCCUCCUCGUCGUUGGUGGUACACAGCAUGAUCUGGCAUGUUUUCAUCUCUUUCCUCUCUUUUAUUUUCCUGUCAAAUUUGCAGAUCAGCCUGAUUUGCACGUCUGAGGACAGAUACUUUUUUACUGACUUUAAAAAACACUUAACACUGGAAUAAUUGUGAUUUAUUAUUGUUUAUCAUGCCUAUUGUCUUUUUUUUGUAUUGAUAAUUUUACUGUCAUUUUGAUUUAACUGUUUGUGUUGAUUUCAUUGUAUCAAAUAUGAUUCUCAUUUAGUGGAACAGGGAGACAGGUGGGCGAAUGUGUCAGCCUCUUACUGGGAUAUAAGACGACAUGCACACUAAGAAAAAAAAGCUGAAAUUGUCCUCAACAUUUCUCAAGCGCUUCUUUUCAGUGUGAGUUUUUUUUUUUUUUUUUUUUUUUUUUUUGUGGCCCGGAGGUUUAAACAGUUGCCAAAGGAGAGUGGAUAUCCAGACCUUUGAUUUUCUCUGUGAUGCAUCAUGACAGAACCUGGAUCAAAACACUCAUUUUGUGUAUCCUCAGCUGUCUUAUCGAGCUUGAUUUCUCUUAAAAUGUCUUGCCUCAUUUAUCGGAGCCAGUGGAAUCAUCUCAAAAUCUGGGUCAGAAUCAUUUGUGGUGCCAAGCAGGAUAAUAAUAAUAAAAAAAGACACUAAGUUCAGUUUGUUUUUGAGGAAUAGACUUGACAGGUGCUUCUGUUACACAGCAGCCAUCUUUUGCAUGCAUGCUAGCAAAUGGGGAGACCCUGUUAAUGACAAAAUUCUGUAUGUGGCUGUUACGCUUUGAGCAGACCUGUAGAAAGUACCAAAUCUGGCAUCAUCAAAAGUGAAACCCUCUCAUUUAUAUAUUUUAUGUAGAAAAAUAUCUUGUGCUUCAUUUAAAUUUUUCAUAUAUUGUUUAAGACUAGCACAAUCAAGCCCACGAGCUGUCCGUCUCUGACGGCCUGAUCUGGGCCAGAUGUCACUUUGAGCUCUUUGUCUCUGAGGUAACGAGAGACGGCAUUGGGAACAAUUUUUUUUUCUUUUCCUUACCUGGUAAAAAAUACAGUGCACUUACCCUACUGAGUGAUUUAAGCUUCUACUGUGCUGGACAAAUAUGGUCAUUUCUGUAAGUACAGAUUAUCUAGUUUAGAUUCAGCCCGUUCCCCACUGAUCUGGUCCCUUUUUUUUUUUUUUUUUUCCUUCCAGUGUUGUGGUUUUUUAACUUGGCUCUCCUUGCUUCAGCCUGCUCAGAAAUCGCACUAAGAGGGCUUCUGCAUGUUUAAGAAACACUAAAGGACGAGCUGAAACAGCUCCAUGCAGUUCCAGUAAUAAACUGCACACGCUUUGAGCCGACACCAGACCGGCUUCAGCUCUGCUCUGUCCCCCUGACUCACUCCCCCGCCCCCUUUCUUCCUGAUUGUCACUUGGGAUCACCGACGGUCCUCUUCCCUCCGUUAGCCACCAUGGCUGAACACGCCUCUGUAGGGGAAAGUUGAAAGUUGUUGUCCAUUAGACUUUGCAAUGUAUUGUUUGCUAUUGAAUGCCUUUGCACAUCAUCUCCUGUUUGACUGGCUGAGUUCCAGCGAUCUUAGACUGCUGAAACAACAAAUACUUACACACACACACUUUCUGGGGGUCCGUCGUGAAGCUCGGCUCCUUUAAUCAUGAAUGCCCAUGUUUUAGACUAGAGCCAUAUAUAUGAACAUUUAUUUUUCAUGCUACAUUUUAUAUUAAGCUAUGUGUUACGGUUGUUUGUGAGAUAUUUAUGUUUAUCUUUUGGCCUAAAAGGGCUCCAUGCUGUGACAUCUGCUCACCAAACCUUCAUUCAGCUCUUAAAUCUUGACACCUGAUGUACUUUUUCAAGUAUUGUAUGGUUAUGCUGUGGUAUUACCCUCCUGUGUAGUCAUACUGUACAUAUUAACAAUCCUACUAGAAAUCCACAGGAAGAGAAGAGGAGGAACACAGAUCUGGGGGAUUUAACAGCGUGGUCUCAGUUGCACUAUUUUCAAACACCAGCUGGUUCAAGUAGGAUCUGCUUUAUGUACUGCACUCUCCCAAAGGUCGUAGUUCAAGUACAUUAGGUGCAAGAUGCAAGGUUUGAUUUGGGAUUGGCUUUUUGGGAAAAGGUCUAAACCGCACUUUGGCUCAGCACUAGUCAUCUCAAAAUGGCAGGACAAAGGGCCGAGAAACGCACACGGCCUCGUCCUUCCUAGAGUUAGUGAACACUACAUAGGGUGCCUCUAGUGUGAAUGUUAAAUGCUUCCAUCAGCUCAUGUCACUCGACAAACUUUCUACACUUAUUAUGUCCAGAAUUUAGCACAUACUUUCCAACAUCAGACACACCCUGAACUCAUCAGUUGGACCAAUACAUGCACAAGUACCGACAUUACAUAUGCAGCCAGAGUUUUACAAACACACACUAACACACACACUUCUGUUGUCAGCCACAGCAGUGAACUGUGGCCUGGACUGUUGCUGUCCCUCUUCACAGCUCUGUGCUUUGGGAGACGGUUGAUGGGAGAGUUAUCUUUUAACAGAAGACAUUAAAAACUGUAUAAAGUAGAAAAAACAAAAAAGGUCAAUCCUAAUGGAAACUCAUAAGCUGUACAUUUGUAAUAAAAUAAUAAAACAAUUUAAUUGA